GGAAGAAGGUCGCAAAAUCUGAACAGUUCAAAUCAGUGCUCAUAAAAUGCGUAAAGGCAAUGUAUCUUGAAAUUCAAAACCUCGGGAAAGACACGGAGCAGGUCAAGGAAAAUGGAGGUUGGUGGUUCAGACGGCGAUGGAAGGGAGUACAAAAGCUUUCAGGAAAUGUGGAGAGAGGAAAUAGGAGAGGGCGAAGAAGCAAAGAAGAAAGAAUGGUACCAAAAGGGUGUGCAAUAUUGGGAGGGAAUUGAGGCAUCUAUAGAUGGUGUUUUGGGUGGGUAUGGUCAUGUCAAUGACCGAGAUGUCAAAGGUAGUGAGUCAUUUCUUAGGGAGCUCUUGUCUGAACUUCGUCAUGGAAAGACUAAUCUUGUUGCCCUUGAUUGUGGUUCUGGUGUAGGAAGGGUAACGAAGAAUCUGCUUCAGAAAUAUUUCAACGAGGUUGAUCUUGUUGAGCCAGUUUCACAUUUUCUUGAGGCUGCUCGUGAAAGUCUGGCUCCAAAUGAGCAAAAUGGUUCAGAUAAACACAAAUCUUUUAACUUUUACUGUGUAUCUCUCCAGGAAUUCACCCCAGAAGUCGGAAGGUAUGAUGUGAUUUGGAUCCAAUGGUGUAUAGGCCAACUCGCGGAUGAUGACUUCAUUGCAUUCCUUGAGAGGGCAAAGUCAGGCCUCAAACCUGGUGGGUUCUUUGUCCUCAAGGAGAACAUAGCAACAAACGGAUUUGUGCUGGAUAAGGAGGACAAAAGCAUCACCAGGUCUGAUUCAUACUUCAAGGAGCUCUUCAUCAAGUCAAGGCUCCAUCUCUACAAGACAAGGGAACAGAAAGGAUUUCCCCAAGAAUUGUUUGCAGUGAGAAUGUAUGCAUUGAUAACAGACGAACCAACGAGAACUCAUCGAAAAAGGCCAAGAAACAGGCCUGCCAUGAUCAUGUCUUGAAAAGCUUGUGAUUUUUUGCUGUAUUUUUUUUUCUCUAACGGUUCAAUCAGUCCAAUUACGUAUUUGACCUACUUUUUACAUUUUUCUUCUCGUGGUUGACUGAUUGACAGAGUUAUCUGUUGGGCAUCAAGGAUUCUGUUCCACUUUGAUAAUUCAAGUUCUCAUGAUUCAGAAAGAAAAGGGAAUAAUCCAAAUUUCAUGAACUCUCUCUCUCUCUCUGCCUUAGAGAUUCAACUUUAAGUUUAUGGGUGGAAAUCCUUCGACUAUGUAUUGAUGUUCAUGGAAGAAGUGUUGGUUUGUCAUUGAAUCAAGCAGGCAUUCUGUUUUGCUGGAAAUGAUUGGUUGAAUUGUUGGUUACCUUUCUAACUAAAUUGAUAAAUGGUGGUUUCUGCCCUAACCAAUUGCGUAAUUGUCACUAACACCUCUCUCUCACAUCUCUGUAGGUGUGUCUGCUGAAAACAAUUGUUGUAAGUUGUCGAUCUUAUUUGGCAUGACACUCUGAUGUAUUGAAUGGAAGAUCAGGAUUUGUAUAGUCGACUUCAAUUAGUUGGAAAAA